UUUAUCAUUAUAUUUCAGAUUGCAAAACUGAAAAAUAUCACCUGCCAAAUUGUUCGGACAUCAUGAACAACACAAAAGAACAGGAAUUGAACUUGGCAAAUAUUUCCGUCUCAACUAACUGUAUGUGGAAUGCAUCUUUCUCAUUGUUUGCUGAAGGUUCCUCAUCAGGAAGCUUGGAAGCCAAUGUCACGUUCAAGACUCCCAGUGAGGAGUAUUUUUAUAUAUGGGUUUUAAAUACAAGUAAAAGUAUAGGCCAACUUGGUACCAUUCGCUGGCAGUUGGCUUUGUGUCUCCUUCUUUGCUGGGUAAUUGUCUUUUUAUGUGUCUUCAAAGGAAUUAAAUCUUCUGGGAAGGUUGUGUACCUAAUUGUGAUAUUUCCCUAUAUCAUUAUGUUUGUACUGUUGAUACGAGGAAUAACAGUAGAUGGCCAUCUUGAAGGAAUAAAAUUUUACCUCACACCAAAAUGGGAGAAGUUGAAAAAAGUCCACGUCUGGGGCGAUGCAGCAGCACAGGUGUUUUUCUCCCUUUCACUGUGCUGGGGAGGACUGUCAACACUUUCCAGUUACAACAAAUUUCAUAAUAACAUAUACAGAGAUGCCAUUUUUGUAUGUUUAGGAGAUUCAUUAAUGAGUCUCUUGGCUGGUUUCUCAGUUUUUGCUGUGAUGGGAGUUCUAGGUAAAGAACUUAACACCACUGUUGAAAACGUUGUUGAAUCUGAUGUUGGACUUGCAUUCACAGCUUAUCCUGCUGCCCUUACAUACCUUCCAGCAGCCCCACUGUGGGCAAUCCUUUUCUUCCUGAUGCUUGUAAUGAUGGGUUUAAGCACAGAAAUUACCGUUGUCGAGACUGUUGUCACUGCUAUUAUUGAUGAAAAAAUUGAAGUUUUGCGCAAAAAGAGAGUGACAGUGUUAUUUAUUGUUUGUAUGUUACUUUACUUCAUGGGUUUACCUAUGACAACAGAGGGAGGACUUUAUAUUUUACAACUGAUGGACGAGUGUACAGGAUUCCCUGUGAUGAUUAUAGGUAUCUGUAUGUGUGUAGCAAUUGCAUGGGUUUACGGAGUAAAACGGUUUUGUGCAAAUAUCACACAUAUGAUUCAACACAAAGUCAGCUGGUUUUGGCGAAUAUUGUGGAUGGGUGUUUCCCCUACCAUACUUCUGUUUGUGCUCAUCUUCUCUGUAGUAGAUUACAAACCCCUAGCUGAAAAAUUCGUGUCAUCAGCCUAUCCAUACUGGUCAGAUAUAGCAGCAUUUUUUAUCAUGUCAGUUCCUGUAAUUUCAAUCCCAUUCUGUAUAAUUACCAAAUUAAUUUAUGCUGAAGGAACAUUCAAAGAGAGAAUACGGUUCCUUUGUGAAUCUGAAGCUGAUUGGGGACCCGCACUUGAGAAACAUUGGGAACACAUAGAAUAUGUGCCAACAGUAUUCACUUGCUCAGGAUCUUUUAGUGGAUUUGGGGUGGAGAAAUUACCGAUCUCUUCGGUGUCAGGUGCACGGACUUACAAAACACAACUAGAACUGCACUCCAUCAAGCAUCAUGGCCGGCACAAGCAGGUUAUGAGGAAUGCAGAUAAAGAACCUUCCAGACAACUCCAUCUAGACAUUCGAUCUGAAUCAAUGGACUUUCUACAGCCUCAAGUUUGGAAUCCCAAAGACACUAAAGAUCAUGUUGAAUUCACUACCUCUGGUAUUCGGGUCCCAAGUUUGUCUGAAACAACAAGUUUGAUAUCCUUGUCACCAAAAUUAGCUCGUAAUCGCAAGCAAUUAGAUAUGCGCCAAAGAGCAAUACUAAACCAUGCAUACAGCAAUCCUCAAUGCAAUUCUUCUGCUGGUUCCACAGAGAGAUUAACUCGUCCAUUACUUUAUGAGCACUCUGAUGAUGAAAUAAUUAUUGUACCAAGGAAUCAGAUCAAAGUACAGAUGCAUGAUGUUGCAACUCAGACAGAUUCAAGAAAUGCUGAUUUAAAUAAUGCAAAUGGUGCUUCCUGGCAAAAUGUCAGGAUGAGUCACAAUAGCAUAUUUAGUCAAAGCAGCACCAUAAGUUUGGACAGAACAAGCUUGCAUAGUGAACAUAGUGUUAGUGAUUACCGAGGAUCAAUGGAAAAAGUUAAAAUGGCUGACAGCCGAGAAGAACUGCGUAAAAGUAAGACAUUAGAAAAUAAAAUGCCAAAAUGUAGAUUCAGUAAAGAACUUGCACUUGAUUAUGCAGAAAAUGAGGGGUCCUUACGUACUUACGAAGCUACCAAUGGCAUAUGUGAAGUACAAUUUGAAAAGUAUCCUGAAGUAAUGAAUUCAGCAGACAAAAAUAAACUGAACCAAAAAGCAGCUCCUGAUAUAGACAAUUUUAUCAACUCAGUCAAAUUGGACAGAAUAAAAAAUACAGAAGACAGUCAAUCCCUUCCACAACAAGACUAUUCAUUUCCUAAACUUGAACCAAAUAUUUUAGUGGAAAAAAAUGAUCAAAUUGUUCGGCAAAAAGAAUACAGAAAAGAUACAAGGGUAGCAAGUUCUCCUGUGAGUCCAACCGGAGCAAAGAAUGUUGAAAAUGUUGAAUUAAAGAAAGUUACAUUGUUAAAAAAAGACAAACUGAAUGUCAAAAUUGAUAGCGAUCCUCAGAAAUGUGCAGAUGAACGAAUGUUACAGAAAGAAGAAAAUAUCCCAGACAAGCUAUACAAGAUACCAAAUAAAGCCCUGAAAUCAAGUAUUAAAAGGAAAGCAGUUCCUGUUCCACAAAGUUUGGAGAAAGUAAGUAAGUCAAGCAAAGAUAAAAUCAAGCCUACAUUAGGUAAAGCAUCUUCAGAUGGACUUCGAGGAAAAAAUUUAUUUGAACACAAAAAUUCAAAUGAAAGCAAUAUAGAUGCACUUACUAAAAGCUCACCUGACAAUACUAAUUUGUUGGGUGAAAAUUUAUCCAACGGUAAUACAGGUCUAAAAAUUAAGAGUUUAUCUGGAAGCAAUGCAAAUAUUUUGGUAAUGAGGUCACCUGACAAUCCUGACAGUUCACUGAUGAAGACUACAAGCAUGCUGGUGAAAAAUUCUCCUGAGAACAAUCAAUGUAUUUUGAUUAAGAAUUCAUCAAAAAAUCCUACAAAUGUGUUAGUUAAGAAAUCACCAGAGAGCAAUACAUAUGUCUUGAUUAAGAAUUCACCUGAACAUAACACAAAUGUAUUUAGUAAAAACUCACCUGAACAUAAUGGAAGGGUGUCAGUGAAAAACUCACCUGAACAUAAUGCUAGUGUAUCAAUGAAAAACUCACCUGAGCAUAACGCAAGUGUAUCAAUGAAAAAUUCACCUGAGCAUAACGCAAGUGUAUCAAUGAAAAAUUCACCUGAGCAUAAUGCAAGUGUAUCAAUGAAAAAUUCACCUGAGCAUAAUGCAAGUGUAUCGAUGAAAAAUUCACCUGAGCAUAAUGCAAGUGUAUCGAUGAAAAAUUCACCUGAGCAUAAUGCAAGUGUAUCGAUGAAAAACUCACCUGAACAUAAUGCAAGUGCAUCGAUGAAAAACUCACCUGAACAUAAUGCAAGUGCAUCGAUGAAAAACUCACCUGAGCAUAAUGCAAGUGUAUCAAUGAAAAACUCACCUGAACAUCAUUCGGUCGUGUUAUUUCAAAAUUCACCAAAGCACAAUGUCAGUAUGUGUGACAAGGAACCAGAUCUUGAAGAAUUAAACCAAGAACAGAUUGGCAAUCAUACCAAAACAUAUCCUUCAGAUGAAGUUGGGUUUACUCAUUCCACAACACAGUCCAGUGAAACAUCAUUACCAAACACCGAAGACGGACCUGCUGUAUUGGAAAUUGAAGUAACACAAAUGACCAAGCUGUAAAUCAACACAACUGGUUUAAUUUCAAACUCUAUCUGAUGGUGUGUCAUAGGUACUGAGCAAAAUCUCACAGCUGUACACUUCAACAAAUGGUUUUGAUACCAGCAGCCUGAAGUCAUAGUGACCAAAAGAUAGUGGUGGGAAAAUGCUCUCUUGUAUUGUUACAAAUGAAUAGUAGGUUUCAAUAUGAUACAAGAGAAAUGUGUUAAACCACCGUUAGUUAAACCACUCAUAGUAUAGAUCUUUCCCAGAUGUUUUGUUAAUACCAACUCAAUACAAACUAAAAGUUUAAUUGUGCAAACUAAUUUUUAAAUGGUAUUUUAAUUGGUUACUAAUUAUAAUAUCAGUAAAAUCUAUUUUCUAAAACCUGAUGAAUGUCCAUGGAAAAUUAUACCAUGGUUAUGUAGUAAUCAGAUAUUUACACUAAUAAUCAUGAUGACCUAUGGCCAUUGUGAAAAAUAAACAAACAAUUGGUAAUAGUUUUAGUGGUGUUACAUGAUUCAGUUCAAUGGUGUUAUGUACAUAUAAUAAUAUCAAACUUUCAAAUGAAAGUUUUAUGAAAAUAUGUACAUUAGAGAAACAUUAUAAGCCACCCUAGAAUUAUUCCAAUAUCGAAUGUUAGUAAUUAUGCUCAAAUGAAUGUUAGCUACAACAUGAUUAGUACCUCUAUUGGGUUCUUCCAAAAUAAAAUCAACACCCCUGCAAACUCAAUUUGUCCAUUAAUUGAUUAAUAAUUCAGUUGAGUUAAUCAAACAUUAAAGCCAUUUUUAUAAGUGGAGGUAUAACGAAACAAAAAAAAAACAUACUUGUCUUUUUAUUGGUUAAAUCUAUUUUUUUACAAAUUGUAUAAAAUUAUUAGAGAUUUGUUCUGCAUUGGUGAUUAGAACCACAAAGAAGACUCCAGUUGUUUAAAUUAUCAAACUGAAAUUACAGUAGUAGUAAUAAUUCUACUAAGACUGCUUUAUUGCUGGAUAGAAAUAAAACUAUUAUCAUGAGAAAAGCAAUAUUAUGAUGUGUAAAACCACAAUGAACUGGGAAGAUAGGUUUUUGAUAAUCUAGAUUUUGAGAAAAUGAGAAGACAACGGUAUAAGUUAUAUAUAGCUGAGCAUAUAUUACUCUAGUUUGAAAUGUUUUUGUUUUUUUUUCUAUGGGAAAUAUAGAUGCUGUAAAUAGAAAACAUGAAAGAGAUUAUAAUCACUUUCAUUUAAUCUGGAUCUCAGCAUGACCAUGAACUUUCAUUUCUUCAUAACAAAAAAAUAUUCCAUCCAUCAAUUACUCUCAGUUUAACCUCCACUUUUAAGAUCUUUCAAAUAAAUGAUUUAAAGAAAAAAACAAUAAAAAAAACAAUAAAAAAAA